AUGGUUAGCAGCAAGAGGAAGAGAAACUUGGAGGAUUUCGACCCUAAUAAGUCCGACUCCGAGGACGAAAACUUCGAUCCGACAGAGGCAAGACCGAGUCGAAGCCUCAAGAAAACCCGCCAAUCUAGAGGUGCCAAAUCGGGCCAAAAGCGGACUAACCGAUACCGUGGAUCUGACAUUGAUGAAGACGAAGAAGAGCUCUCCGAUAGCGACGAAGGCUCAUUUGUCGAAGCGACCGAAGAGUCAGAGGACGAAGAUGCCCCUAGAAAUGCUGCCGGGCGGAAAGCUAGAAAGGUAGCAGUCAAGCAGCAAAACUACAAAGAGAGCAGCGAAGACGAGGAUGAGUUGGAAGAAAAGGUGGAAGACGAGCAGCCUGACGAGCUCGAUGACAUUCCUCUCAAGUCUGGCAAGCCUGCCAAGACUGAAUCCGAACCGAGGAGGCUGGUCAAGCUCAAGGUCCCUGGUCCAGCGUUAGCCCAGACACGCCGGACCAGGGCACACACUGAAGAUGCAGAAGACUUCGUGGAGCUAUCUACUUCUGGUCGACAUGCCGUCGUAUCUCGAAACUCGCCAAGCAAGAGCCCUGAAACAAUCACGCGAAGCGGCAGGGCUACUCGUGGCAUGAAGGGCGUCAAGACCGCUCCAGAGCCAAUUCAAGAGGCGUCUAAUGAAGGCAGCAGCAGCUUCCGCAAUGUAGAUGAUGCCGAUGCUCCUGAUGAGCUCUCGCAAACACCGGCUAAAAGGAAGCUUGAGGACAUUGACUCUGACAUGCCAGAUGCUGCUAAGGAAGCUGAUGAGGCCCAAGAAGAAGAGGAUCCUGUCGACGAGAUCGCUGCUACAAAACAAGUUGAAGCCGAAGCCGAAGACGACGACGACGAUGACGACGACGACAUACCUACUACUCGGCGAACAAGGAGUGCUCGUGCUGCUGCUUCCUCGGAAAAUGCUGUUGAGACUACUGAGGCUGUCGAGGCUGAAGCUGUGGCCGAAGCUACACCGGAAGCUAGCGGCAUCCGUCGGUCUGGCCGACUGACGAGGGGCUCCAAGAAGUCUACCACAGAACAUAGCAGUGACUUUGAGCCAGGUGAUGAUUCCGACGAUGCUGAAGUCUCUGAUAAGGAGCGGCGCAGAAAGAACGAUGCUAUGGAGAGUCCAACUCCCCGUGGAAGGAAAACUCGGUCUAGAGGCCGGACCUCCCGCCGGAGAAACUCUUCCGCUGACGACGAACCUGACUUUGACAUGGACGAACUCAAUGAAGAAGCUCGUGAGCUUAGACGGUCGGCGAAGCCACGUAAGGCCCGGACAGAAUCUCCCAUUAUGUACCAAGAAAGCUCCCGCCGAUCGCGACGUCCCGUCAACUACUACAUGCCUCCUUUAACCUCUGUCAACAUUGAAGAGGAGGCAGAGGAUCCUGCUCCCACGCCCGCCCGCAAUCGCCGGCGAGGUGGCGCCAGCGCCGGCUGGGAUAGGAAUCUAAAUACUACAUAUGGCCCCUUUGGUGGCGGCGGCGAAGUCGGAUCGCUGCUGGCCGGCCCAUGGGGUACUGGUGCCGCUGGUGGUGCGGACUCCGAUAGCAGUGAUGAUGAGAUGAUGCAUCGAUCCAAUGCUGCCGGAAAUGUAGGCAUGACGCCGACAUCUGCCGCUCCCGCUGGCGGGCUUGUAUCUGGCGGCCAAGGGCUGGGUGUUGACGGCAUGGGGGCCACUCCCAACGUUGGCAAGAUCAAGGACCGCAAGGCACUGGCUGAUGCCGAUCCUCUGGGCGUGGAUCUGAAUGUGGACUUUAGCAAAGUUGGUGGUUUGCAAGGUCAUAUCGAUCAGCUAAAGGAGAUGGUCCAGCUUCCUUUGCUGUAUCCUGAGCUCUUUACGAGAUUCCACGUUACGCCGCCACGCGGAGUGCUGUUCCAUGGUCCACCGGGAACUGGUAAAACGCUGCUUGCUCGUGCCCUUGCCAACUCCGUCGGCUCUGGAGGCAAAAAGAUAUCUUUUUACAUGCGUAAAGGUGCUGAUGCACUCAGCAAGUGGGUUGGUGAGGCUGAAAAGCAGCUUCGCUUGCUCUUUGAAGAGGCGAGAAAGACCCAGCCCAGCAUCAUCUUUUUCGACGAAAUUGAUGGAUUGGCACCGGUCAGAUCGAGCAAACAGGAACAGAUUCACGCCUCCAUUGUCUCGACGCUAUUGGCUUUGAUGGAUGGCAUGGAUGGACGUGGACAGGUCAUCGUCAUUGGCGCCACUAAUCGGCCAGACAACAUUGACCCUGCCCUUCGACGACCGGGUCGAUUUGAUAGAGAGUUCUACUUCCCCUUGCCUGACAUUGAAGGGCGUCGGUCCAUCCUUAAUAUCCAUACGCAAGACUGGGGUCUAUCGAAUGACUUUAUGCAGUCGCUAGCAGAGAACACAAAGGGCUAUGGGGGUGCUGAUCUGAGGGCGCUCUGCACCGAGGCAUCUCUGAAUGCCAUUCAGCGAACUUAUCCACAGAUUUACUCGUCCAAAGAGAAGCUGCUUGUUGAUCCAGCCAAGAUCUCGGUUCAUGCUUCUGAUUUCAUGAUUUCAAUCAAGAAGAUCAUACCUUCGUCGGAGCGAUCCGCGACAUCUGGAGCACGCCCACUUCCAGCCUCUAUUAAGCCUCUUCUGCGUGAUCAGUUUGACGAAGCGAAGCGGGCACUUGAUCGGCUGUUGCCCCGUAAAAAGAAGACGACUGCAUUGGAAGAAGCCAUGUACGAGCAAUACGAAGACAAGGAUCAUGGAUUUGGCCGCGAGGCCCUGAGCCAAGAGUUUGAGCGCUCUCGAAUCUUCCGGCCCAGAUUUCUCAUCUCCGGUGCUCAUGGAAUGGGCCAAGGCUACAUUUCAUCUGCAAUUCUCCAUUACUUUGAGGGAGUCCACGUCCAAAACUUUGAUCUCCCCAGCCUGCUUAGUGACGUACGACCGAUGGAGCAAGUAAUUGUUGGCCUUUUCACCGAAGUGAGGCGCCAUAAACCUAGUGUCAUCUACAUACCAAACAUCGACACCUGGUACGCGGCACUGACUGGAACGAUGGCACUCGUUACCUUCCGCAUGAUGUUGAAAUCCAUCCCUCCAACAGACCCUGUACUUCUCUUUGCUACUGCGGAUUGCGAAAAGAAGUGGCUUCCGCGGGAAUUGAUUCAGGACUUUUUCGGCUACUCUAGUAAAAACCAGAUGGAGAUUCAGAGGCCUGAAAAGGCCAAUCGCAUGGAAUAUUUUGCGAAAACACUGGAUUAUGUGAAGCUGAACCCUCACGAGUUUCCGGACCUGGAAAAUCGCAAGAAGAGAGUUCUUGAGGAGCUCCCAGUGGCUCCCCAAGCGACUCCUAAGCCGCCUACUAAAGACGAGAUGAAGGCCCAGAAGAAGAGAGACCACCAACUACUCAAUGCUCUCAAGAUUCAGCUGCAGCCCAUUAUGGAUCAGAUCAACCGUAGGUAUAAGAAGUUCAGACAGCCAGUUAUUCAACAAAAUCAAAUUGAUUAUCUGUUCCUGGAGGCGGACCCGAAUUAUGUACGGCCGGAUCUUGCAGAGGGGGAGAUAAGGCCUUUUGAGAUUGCCAAGGACAAGUAUGGCAAUGAAGUGCUAAUGCACGCUGAAUCCGGAAAAUACUAUUACAAUCUCGAAACCACAACGAUCGAAGAGCGUUUGUCAAACGGAUUCUAUGCCCGCCCCAAGGACUUUCUGUUUGAUAUCAAGUCUUUGGCACGAGAUGCCAAGAAUAUCGGUGAUAAAGAGCGCACCCUCAAGGCAAACGAGCUGCUCAGUAACGUCGAAGUCGAUGUAGCCAGCAUCGAAAACAGCACUAGCCAUAUUGACUGGGAAGCGCUCUACCAGCGCCAGCAGCACCGGGCUAAGGAAGCAGCCGCGAAAGCGCGGAAGCGAAUAGCGAUGCAGUCUGUGUUAGAUAGGGUUCAGUCAGACCUCGGCGGAGGCAACGACAGCGAUUCACAGGGCCCUCUGACACUUGGAGAAACGGUGCCGGGAGCUCGUACGAUGGCUCGGUUCCAAAUACGAAGCCCCUUGUCUAACGGACAUGGCGAAGCUGGCCAAGACGAGCAUCAGCUGAGCAACGGUACCUCUACCUCCAACCAAAUCAAAGAGGGUGAUGUACAAAUGAGUGGAACCGAUGACGAUACUACCCAAAUGGCAUCCCAAUCUCAAUCACACCAGACGACGUCUCCCAUGGGCCCACCACCCAAGUCUCAGGACGCGUCUUCGAGAAACCUGGGAGGCACGCAAGUAUCGCAGCGAUCUCUGGUGACUACUCUACCUCCUGGCAUGUCGCCGUCUGCUGUGAUUAACGAAGCGUCCACAACGAAGACAUCGGAUCUGUCAACCCAUCGCUCAUCCAACUGGAGCCAGAGCCAAAACACAAAUGGUAACCACGAGGAAAAUCGCCCGGUUGAACCUAACGAACAGACUGAUAUCCCCGAUACGCUACCCAUUGGGCAAAACAAUAGUCUUUUAUCGUCCAACGAGGACAUCUGGCAGUCCACACAACUUCGGGCACAGCAGCAUGUCGAUAGUUCUCCGCCUCUGCUCAUAGAUCGGCCAUCUCCCCGCUCACACAGACAUCAGAGCCCGGUGGGUACGAAAUCAGUGAUUAGCUUGCCCUCUCACGACGGAAGCCCGGAGGAGCAACAUUCGUCGUCCCGCAACUCUGGCCAGCAGGCUUCUCAGGCUUCCCAGCCGCUAUCGGUAAAAGAGCAGCUAGAAAGCUUUUUGCAUCGAAUGACAGACGUCACCUCGGGCUGCACGAUUGAACAGCUUGAACAAAUCAACCGAGAGAUGAUGGACGAGAUGUGGCGAAGCCGACAUGAAUGGAACCGGUUGAAGGUGCUCUGGGACGUGACGUCGGUAUUCAACCAGACGAUUAGCGAUAUUGAAAGUACGCAAGGCGUGGGUCCGCUGAGCCAGCAGCGGGAUUACAUGGACGCAUAG